GGAAUUAGUUUGGUCAGCUGUUCGCAACCGAUAGUAACCACAUUUGAAGCCCAGUCGCGAUGAAACCCUUUGCCUGCAUCCUGGUGAUCCUAGCCGCCAUCCUGUCCGUUGGUCAGGCCUCUCUGGGCGGACUUCUUGGAGGAGGCGGUGGCGGCGGAGGAGCUGGUGGCAUUGGCCAACUGCUGCAGAGCAAACUGGGCGGUCUCGGCGGUGGAUUGGGCGGCGGCCUGGGCGGUCUGAGCGGAAAGCUCGGCGGAGGAGGCGGUGGAUACUCCGGCGGCGGUGGAUAUUCCGGCGGCGGUGGCUACUCCGGCGGUGGCGGCUACUCCGGCGGCGGUGGAUACUCUGCUCCCGUGGAAAAGGUCGUCAUUGUGAAGGUCAUCAGCGAGGGCUACUCCGGCGGCGGUCACUCCGGUGGCGGCUACUCCGGUGGCUACUCCGGUGCCCAGUCUGGUGGAUGGUCCAAUGGUGGCGCCCAGUCUGGAGGAUGGUCCAACGGUGGUGGCUCCCAGUCUGGCAGCUGGAACAAGGGCUGGUAAUCAACCAAAAAACCAACCACAAAUAGUUCAAACUGCCAACCAAAAAGCCAAGCAGCUUAGGUUUUAAUAUAUAAUAUUUUUUUAUAAUUUUUUUUUUAGCGGUAUUUGAUUGUUAGAAUUUAUGCAAUAUAGACAAGAAAAGAAUUUCCAUUUUUAAUUGAGAGUGUUUUUGUGAUUGGGAUCGGGAAACCGGUUGAAGUUUGGCUUCCUGCUCUGACCCAAUGGCCGAAAAUGGUUGAGGUCAUCACCUGCCAAUCGAAUGGAUGCCAGUUAAUGGGACAGGUACUUAGGCGAUUUUCCACUUGGCGCAGCACUUGCGCAAGCAAAAAAGUGCAUUUUAUUGUUUUCCACAGCCAAGCCACAUCGAUCAAUUGGACUGCAAACGACUGGCAGUUGAUCGCACUCGCAAACAAAAGACCCAAUUUG